AAACAAGGCUGAAUUGAUAAAGCAUCUUGCAGAAACUGGAGAACAUAACCAAAACCACAUGCAAGAAACAAAAACACACUCAAUAGACACUUUAGUAGAAGAACCCUCUGCACAAACGAAUGAACUCUCUCUUGUAACUGAAUCUAUAUUAAGUCCUACAUCAGGAACUUCAAGUGACGAGGAAACUAGUGAAGAAAGACCUAACAAAAGACAAAAAAACAUGAAAGUGAAAGAAAUGGAAAUAAGAAAGCUACUGAAGGAGAUCAAGUACCUUAGAAAGAAUGUAAAUAAUAUAACUGAAAGGGUCAAGGAGUCAAGCGUUAGAGCUAAGAUAAGGGAUAACUGGCCAGAUAAAAAAUUUGAAAAACUCAGAGAUCAGUACAAAUAUGACACUUUAAGACAGAUCAGUCAAAACUUAAACAUAGCACUAAAUUCAGCAUCAGGAAAAGAAGUGAUAAAACAUAUUGAAUCAAAAAAUAAAGGCUUAACCGAAUAUGAUAAAGUAAUUAAUAAGGCUAGACAAGCAGCAGCAUCAAAGAGAAGAGAUAAAUGGAAAUACACAUCUAAUGAACCAUUUUUUCGUGAAGCAAGUGGGCAUACCAGACCAAGGUACUAUGAGAGCUCAAGUUAUGAUAGGAGAUUCAACAGAUAUGGGAAAGUGAACUACUAUGGAGAACCAAAGUUUUAUCAAAAAACUAACUACUAUGAAGGACACAGAAAAAUCAGUGAAUCAAGAACUGACCAUGAUCAGCAUAUGAGAGAAAAAGGGAAAAAUAGAAAACUCACUUGUUACAACUGUAGGGGUAUUGGACAUUACUCAAAUGGCUGCCCUCCUCAAAAGCUGACAGGUCUGCAAUCAAGGAAAGAAACCCUUAUGACCGUGACUCACAAAGGUACACACCACACCCCAGAAACAUCAGCUAACUAUACUCAGGACACUUCGAGAACGGUAAUUGGGCAACUGAACAAACCCAAGAAUACCACUGUACCCAAGAGGGUUACUGCAACUAGCAGCACAAGACGAUCCAUGACAAUAUCAGAUGUCAAAAGAACAAGAGGAAUGGACAAAGAAGGAACUAACUCGGUUGUUGAACGAAAGGGCAAUUGCAAUAGCAAGGAAGGGUUCGAGACAACCAGACUUCCUAAUAGAAGUGAGUCUGAUUUUUCUACGUCCGAAACUAGGGCCAAAAAAGUAGAGGUUAAUAAUAGACCUAAAAAGGCUGAACAGGACUCUACCAGAGAAAAAAUUUCGUUUCGAGGGUUUGAACACCUUCAUUCAUAUAAUGGGAAAAAAUUGGAGGUAAUAACUAUCAACUUAAAGGAUGGAUAUCAUCACCUACUAAUGACAGAGCAAGCGCAACAAUUACUAGACUUCAAAUUUGAAGAGAUAUA